AUGACGCGGCCCGCGCCGGCCGUGGCCGCGCGCGGCCCCCGAGUUCUCAGGGGUGGGGUGCUCAGCGUGACUCGGUCCCCGGCCCCAGCGGCCCGAGUUCUUCCGCAGACACUUCUGGCCGGCGUCCAGGCGGCUGAACAGGGGCCGCGGGGCUUCCUGGCUCCGCCUCCGCCUCCGCUCCAGGGCCGCCCCCUCUCUCUCCUGGCUCUGCGGCCACCGCUGCUCCAGGGAGCCAUGUCUUCGCCGCCCCCACCGCCCGCCGGGCUGGUCCAGAAGCUCUUCGGGUACAUCGACCACCACCAGGACGAGUUUGUGCAGACACUCAAGGAGUGGGUGGCCAUUGAGAGUGACUCGGUCCGGCCUGUGCCCCGCCUCAGAAGAGAGCUGCUCAGAAUGACGGCCCUGGCCGCGGCGGCGCUCCGGCGCCUGGGCGCCCGCGUGGACCUCGUGGACGUGGGCUCUCAGCAGCUGCCCGACGGUCAGACUCUGCCGAUGCCGCCUGUCAUCCUGGCCGAGCUGGGGGACGAGCCUCGGAAGCCCACCGUGUGCUUCUACGGCCACCUGGACGUGCAGCCCGCGGCGCAGGCCGAUGGCUGGCUCACCGCUCCGUUCCAGCUGACGGAGGUGGACGGGAAGCUGUACGGACGAGGGGCGACAGACAACAAAGGCCCUGUCUUGGCGUGGAUUCACGCUGUGAGCGCCUUCCGGGCCCUGGAGGAAGACCUCCCCGUGAACGUCAAGUUCGUCCUUGAAGGCAUGGAAGAAGCCGGGUCUGUGGGCCUGGAGGACCUUGUCCGGAGAGAGAAGGACGGGUUCUUCGCCCGCGUGGACUGCAUCGUGAUUUCCGACAACCUGUGGCUCAGCCAGAGGCCGGCGCUGGUUUACGGGACGCGAGGGAACAGCUACUUCACGGUGGAGGUGAGAUGCAGAGAUCAGGAUUUUCACUCGGGAACCUUUGGCGGCAUCCUCCACGAGCCGAUGGCCGACCUGGUGGCUCUCCUGGGGAGCCUCACGGACGCCUCCGGCCGCAUCCUGGUCCCCGGCAUCUACGACCACGUGGCUCCUGUCACGGAGGAGGAGAGAGAGCUGCACGCAGCCGCCGACCUGGACCUGGCCGAGUUCCGGCGCAGCGCCCAGGUGGAGAGGUUCCUGUUUGACACCAAGACAAAACCUCCAGCCUCCGGGCCACUCUGUGAACGGCAGCAUUGCCGCCUCAGUGCAGCUGUGUCUCCUCCGCCCGUGGCUCAGGUUACAAAGUACCUGACGGAGAAGUUCGCUGAGCUGCACAGCCCCAACAAGUGCAAGGUGUACCUGAACCACGGCGGGAAGCCCUGGGUGUCCGACUUCAACCACCCUCACUACCUGGCUGGGAGAAGAGCCCUGAAAACAGUUUUCGGCGUGGAGCCGGACUUGACCAGGGAAGGUGGCAGCAUUCCAGUGACUCUGACUUUUCAGGAGGCCACAGGCAAGAAUGUCAUGCUGCUGCCCAUGGGGUCAGCCGAUGACGGCGCCCACUCCCAGAAUGAGAAGCUCAACAGGUAUAACUACAUCGAGGGAACCAAGAUGAUGGCUGCCUACCUGCACGAGGUGUCGCAGCUCAAGGACUGAGGGCCCUGUGCCCUGCACCCCCACCCUCUUCCGACCGCUCACGCCAGCAGCCUGUCCUCCUCCCCGUCCGCGAGGGGGGCGCGAGAGCCCCAGCCGGCCCCGGGGAUGACGCGGCCCGCGCCGGCCGAGGCCGCGCGCGGCCCCCGAGUUCUCAGGGUGGGGUGCUCAGCGUGACUCGGACCCCGGCCCCAGCGGCCCGAGUUCUUCCGCAGACACUUCUGGCCGGCGUCCAGGCGGCUGAACAGGGGCCGCGGGGCUUCCUGGCUCCGCCUCUGCUCCAGGGUGGGGCCCCCUGGGAGAAUCUGGUGGGGCACCACCCGCCCCUCCUGGCCUCUCUCUCGGUGUCCCGCCCGUCUCCGGAUGCUGCGGGAACCGUGGCGGGCCUCUCUUGUCUCCUCGGGGACCCUCCGAUCGGGACCCGCCCGGGAGGGUCACGUGGUCUCAGGCUGUGCGGAUUAAUAAAGAGUGCGAAGGGGCCCUGGA